AAACCCUAACUCACAUUAUUGAAUUGUAUUUUGUCUCUUUCGAACUUUGAUCCGAAAAGCUUGGAAAACCCCAACUUCUCUUUACUUAUACUCAACAACAACAACAACUAUUUCUCAUCUCUUCUUCAGCAGUCUUUCUAGUCAUGGCGGGUGCAGUUCCUGAUGGAUCCCAAUUUGAUGCUCGUCAAUUUGAUUCAAAAAUGACAGAGUUGCUAAAUGCUGAAGGGCAAGACUUUUUUACCUCAUAUGACGAGGCUUAUGAUACUUUUGAUGCUAUGGAAUUGAAGGAGGAUCUCCUGAAAGGCAUUUAUGCAUACGGUUUUGAGAAACCCUCAGCAAUCCAGCAAAGGGGAAUUGUACCUUUUUGCAAAGGUCUUGAUGUGAUUCAGCAGUCUCAGUCUGGAACGGGAAAGACUGCUACUUUUUGUUCUGGAGUUCUGCAACAACUGGACUAUGAACUGUUAGAUUGUCAAGCCUUGGUCUUGGCACCUACUCGUGAGCUUGCACAACAAAUUGAGAAGGUCAUGGAAGCACUUGGAAGCUGUCUUAAAGUCAAGGUUCAUGCUUGUGUGGGAGGUACCAGUGUCCGUGAGGAUCAAAGGAUCCUUUCAAUUGGGGUUCAUGUUGUUGUGGGAACACCUGGACGUGUAUUUGACAUGUUGAGAAGACAGUCUCUCCGCGCUGAUCACAUUAAAAUGUUUGUAUUGGAUGAGGCUGAUGAAAUGCUCUCCAGAGGGUUCAAGGAUCAGAUCUAUGAUAUUUUCCAGCUAUUGCCUCCUAAGAUUCAGGUUGGUGUUUUCUCUGCCACAAUGCCUCCUGAGGCCCUUGAGAUCACAAGGAAGUUCAUGAAUAAACCUGUGAGGAUUCUUGUGAAACGUGAUGAACUGACCUUAGAAGGUAUCAAACAGUUUUAUGUGAAUGUGGAAAAGGAAGAAUGGAAGUUUGACACCCUUUGCGAUCUAUAUGAAACCUUAGCCAUCACACAGAGUGUUAUUUUUGUGAAUACUCGUCGCAAAGUUGACUUGUUAACAGAGCAGAUGCAAAGCAAAGACCAUACAGUCUCAGCUACCCACGGUGACAUGGACCACAAAACUAGGGAUGUUAUAAUGCAUGAAUUCCGUAGCGGUUCCUCUCGUGUUCUCAUCACCACUGAUCUUUUAGCCAGAGGAAUUGAUGUCCAACAAGUCUCCCUCGUCAUAAACUAUGAUCUCCCCACUCAACCUGAAAAUUACCUUCAUCGUAUUGGACGUAGUGGACGGUUUGGUAGGAAGGGUGUUGCAAUCAAUUUUGUAACCAAGGAUGAUGAGAGAAUGCUUUCUGACAUUCAAAGUUUUUACAACAUGGUGAUUGAGGAGCUUCCAGCAAAUGUCGCUGAUCUCCUAUAAGCUUCCUGCUACAAGAAUCGCUUGUUUGAUUUCUCCACAUUUUUAACUCUUUUUUAUUAGUCUUGAUUUGUAUAUUUAGCUGUUUAUUUAGUUUAAUAGUCUUAGUGUAAUACUGAACUUACUUAGUAAUACACAUUCAAUUGUCUAAUUCACCAUAUAUAUACAAAAAUAG